AUGAAGCUUGAAUUAAAAUACAUAGUGAUUUGUGUGUGUUUAAUUUCCUUGUUUGGCGGCAACUAUUCCUACCCGUCAUAUCAAUCGUCCAUUCCAAACGGAGAUAAAGUCCGUCACCCCUGCCACCAAAACAAACUCUGGAAUGGUGUUGGACACGAAUUACCUGGAGGUGGAGGAACUCUGAAUCCAUUCGGAAUAGAUCUGUAUCAAAACAAAGUGAACACUGGAAAGAUCUGGACUAAAUCUAUAUGUAAAGCUGAUUCAGAUGGGGAUGGUCGCACCAAUGGACAAGAACUUGGAGAUCCCGACUGUUUAUGGACUGAGAAUACCAGUCAGCUGUUCAAUAAUUCUACAAUCACCCAUCCAGGCAUUUGUGAACCAACAGAAAGCGAACACUGUAGAAAGAAGAAUAAAUGGUUGAAAUGUGAUGACAAUAAUUUCCAUUGUCCUUCAAUCCAAGACGAUCCUGAUGUUAAAGAGUUGACAUUGAGAAUUCCAGAAAGUAAAGUGCAACACAAAGGAAGUAGAUACAUAUGUACACACCUAACUGUACCAUUUGAUGGAGAUUAUCACGUGAUUGCAGUUAAACCUUUCAUUGAUAGACGUGUUGUUCAUCAUAUUAUACUUUUUGGAUGCGAUGCUGUAGGUCUCCAUUGUGGGGCAACCGUGACAAGAAUGCAUGUAUUUCAAAAUAAUUUACCUCUACUCAAUCUUUUGUUAUAUAAUUGUUGUAUUAGUAUUUACAAACAAUUAAUUUUCCAGAUUCACUGGCAAAACUCUGAAAAUAAUGUAGCCCAGACAGACAGUUCAGGAAUGACUUUGUAUUACACUCCAGCACUGCGACCAUAUAAUGCUGCCGUCUUAACUGUCGGUCAGACUAUGUUCCAUUUGGCACCAGGACAAUCUGAGGUCAAAGUUGAAGGGACAUGUACUGGACAAUGCACGAAACGUGAAUUCAAAGGACCAAUAUACAUCCAUUCUUCAGGGAAUCACAUGCAUUCCUUAGGUCGAAAACAAAGAGUAGAACAAUAUCGGAAUGGUUCUUUAAUCAAUAUACUCUCAGAUCAAGAUAAUUAUUCAUUCGACAGACAACACAUAAAAAAACACAAUCCACCAAUAGAAGUACAACCUGGUGAUGACUUACGAGUUACCUGUACUUAUGACACGACUUCUAGGAACGAAACAACAUCGUUUGGACAAGGAACAGAGCACGAAAUGUGUUUUAUCUUUUUAACCUUUUACCCUAUUGAGAAUGUACAUUCUGAUUUCAUGUGUUUCUCAUGGCUCAAAUUUCCUCAUUGUUUAAUUCGUGAUUUAGAGAAUUUUGGGAAAAAAGUGAAGGCAAACCCACUUUUAAAAAUUGGGAUUAAGGCUGCAAUGAAUUCUUUACAGAAUCAUGGAUAAGAUACCAAUUAAUUCAGUCUUAGAUGCAUG